CGAAACUCACACUUAGAGUUCCCUUAGCAACAGAAUAAACACGCAUAAACAACCCCAAAACCAUAACCUAUUUUUUUUUCUCUGAUCUAUAUACGUCAAAUGCUUCGUUAACAAAUCAGUUAGAUUUAAUUGUUUAGUUUACGGUGCAACGAGAUAAAAAGUAUCAUUAAAACAUGGUACAUCUCGAGGAGGUAGAUGACCUCGUGAAUCAAAUGAUGAAGGUGCCAAUUUUUUCACAUUCUGAAAAACAGAGAUUAUUAGAAGAUGAUAACAAUAUAUGGUUUCUCGAUCCUAAUUUAAUUAUGGAUACGAGACACAAAAUAACUCGAGAGACACUAAACAAUCCAGAUGCAAAUUGUUCUGCUUUAGCAGAGGCUAAAAGGUUGUUGAAAGAAAAAGAAAUUAAGGAAAUGUGUCUGAAGAAGGAACGAGUUUUUCUCGAAAUGGAAUUGAGAAGAUUCGAGAAGGAACUUCAUAAAUCCCGCCCAAAAUUUCUACGGCGAUAUGAAUGCAGGAAAAAAAAUCUGGCUAAUUCAAAUGACCAAGAUUUCUGGAGUAUAUCCAACAAAAUAGAGAUGGAUAUUAAAACGGUCAACAAAUUAAAGGUACAAACUUUUGGAACGAAAAGCAAGCAAACAUCCGUAGAAGAAUUAUUUUCGAUAUUUGAAAAUUCUAAUACCAAUGAUAUCGAUGAAAAUGAUGAAAAUGAUGUAAACAAAUCUGUCGUAAAUAUCAAAGUAACUAUCAAGAAUAAAAUUAAUUUCAAUUUGGAGGAAAAACGAUUAAACCUAAUGAAGAUAUAUUUUGAAUUUUUAAAAGAAUAUUCGACAAAAGAGCGACGAUUUCGAGAGAUAAAAAUAAAACUACAAGAGAGCAUGGCUUCGAAAAGAUUAAAAAGAUACUUUAACUUUUGGAAAACUUACACCGAGGAUAAAAAAAAUACUGCAAAAAUAAAAAAAGAACUGCAAGACGUAUCUCAUGAACGAAAAAUUGAACUUUUUAUUAGCGAAAUUACGGAAAAGAAAAAGAAAUUAGGCAAUCAUUUUCAGUCGAAGAUAAAAAAUAAUGUAUCUUUUAAAAUCAUACAAGAAAACGAAGAUAAAAAGAAAUUAACUCGUCAGAAAAACAAUUAUCCGUUCCAGUCUUUCGUAGAAAAUCGUUUGAAUGCUCAAAAAAUUAUAAUUGAAAAGCAAAAAUCUAAAUUGGCCGAACAGAAUAGAAUUAUCGAGGAACUGAAAUUGAAACAAAUUCAACAAGAAUUGGUGACAAUGGAUAAGGAAACUAUGAACGUUGCCAAAGAAACUUUGAUGAAUUGUGGCCAAAAAACAAGAAGAACUUUAAUUCUAUUAAUGAAGCAAGCUGGUUACAGAAAUAAAUGUACGACAACAUCACAACAAACAUCAAAUCCAACAAAAUUUAUGAUGAGAGUGGAAGCUCGGGCAGAGGUGAGAAGAGAACGAUUAAGAAAAGCGGAAGAAACUCGUCAAAAAAAGUUGGAAGAGCAGAAGUUGAAAGAGGAAGCAACUAAACUAGAAGAAGAAGAAAAAAGGAAAAAGUUACAGCAAGAGAGUAUGCGAGAAGCGAGAAAGCUGCGUGAAGAACAAAAAAAGUGUAGAAUGGAAGAAUUAGAGAAAUUAAAAAAAUUAAAUUUGAUGGCCAAUCAAUUUUAUCGCAAAUAUUUAUUUCGACAUUAUGUAAUAGAACCGUUUAAGAAACUCAUCAAAAUAAGAAACGACAAUAUUCGAAGAGCAAACGAUCAUUAUAAAAAAUUCUUGUUACUCCAAACUUUGACUGCCUGGAGAAGGGAAACGAAAGAACAGUACCAAAUCAAACUUGAACUUGCCAUUUCCUUACACAAUAGGAAUUUAUUAUGGUACACGUUUAAAGAUUGGACGGAUAUGGUAAAAGAAGAAAAUAUAAAACAUCAAGUGGCCAAAGAUUUCUACGAUAUGAAAUUACAAGAGAAAUGUUUCCGUGCAUUGAGAUCUAUUGUUGCCAUAAUAAAAUUAGAAUAUCUAAAAUACGUCAAAAUUGCAGAGGAACAUUACAAUCAUAAACUUGUGAAUAAAUAUUUUAAUAAAUGGAGAGAUUAUCCUACAAUAGCUGAAAUAGUUAAAGAAAGUGAAAAACAAAGGAAUAAGUGGAGAGAAAUAGUACAAAAACUAGUUCCCGAUUUUGAUCCUAAGGAGAGAGGAGUAGUGCUAGAGGAUUAAGAUUAAUUAUGUAAUUGAUCGAAACACUAAAAAUAAUAUUUAUGAACUAUCUU